UCGUUUCACAAAACCGCCAGCCGGCAGUUCGUGCGCGUCUGUCCGUCCGUCCGUUCGUUCCGAUCGUUUCUCUUCUCCGUCCGCGACGUGUGUCGUCUUCGCCCCGUCGUAACCCAUGGUUUCCGACUAACGCCACCCGCGCGCGGGCGUGAUAACACCGACGACGGCAAUGAUAAUAUUAUUGUUUUAAUAAUAAUAAUAAUAAUAAUAUUAUUAUUAUUGUUAUCCCGAGGCCCCGGGACGGUAUUAAUUGUUAAUACGCGUUUCUUCCGUUCGAAUUUGCGUUCGCGCACUCGCGCUCCUCGCACACCGGAGGCGGCGCCCUCGUCUCGUGCCACCGGAGGAGACGCCGCGUACGCCUGACGUCGUUUUUCUUGUUGUUUAUUUUCGUUUUAUUUUUUUUCUCCAACGGCUGCCGUCGACGUCGGUGAAUUUCAUUGUAAAAUCAAUAUUACGUCGUGUGGAAAUUCGGACGAUGAGUUCCGCCAACGGCUGCUGCUGUCGUAGUAGCAGUAGUAUUAUUAUACCUAACUAGUGUAACGGCAGCGAUUGAGCGGCGGUGGGGUGUACUCUCCUCGCCGCGUCCCACCCCUCCACCCCGUCGACACAUCUUCCCCCUCGCCGGCCGCCGCUACCCUACUCGCCCCGGCACAUGGAAGAGGCGCAGAGUUCAUAUUGUUGCGUCGCCAGUGCAUAUGUCGUGUUACCUCGUGCCGCUGCCGCCGCCGCCGCCUUCGCCGUCGUUGUCAGAAGCAGCAGCAGCGACCGGUGCGCAUUUAUCGAUGAUGAUGUGUUCCCAAGGUGCUAGCGUCAAAAUGGAGCAUCACUUCCAAGCUGCGCUGGAUCCACGUAAACAGGAAUUACUGGAAGCCAGGUUCAUCGGCGCACGAAUGUCGGCCGGGACUCAGCUGCAGAUGGCUCCGCAGGCUGGCCAAAUGCACCUACCACACCCUCAACCGGGGAGUACUAUUCAUAGCCAAGACUCGAAUAUGAGUACAGGUUCGUCGCACAGCGACAAGGAGCAGGACACUCCGGAAAAAGCCAACACCAUCACCCGCACGCCUACCGAGCGCAAGCGCAAGCGGAAAAUAGAUGACAUAGCUAGCAACAAGCAACAGCAGCAGCAGCAACCGCAGCCACCAAACAUGGUGGUUGGGGGACCCCCUCCACCACCGCCAAGGUCGGUCGCCGACACCAAGAAAAUAAACGACUACUUCACCAAGCACGGUGCCCAUCCCGUGUCCAACCCGAUAAGACACGGCGGGGCGAAGUCGCCGUCGCCUGGCGGACCGCCGCAACAAGGUUACCCCAUGUUUAAUCCGGCGAGUGGGCCUCAAGCAUUGAGUCCCGUACUACCUCCGGACUAUGUUUCCAUACUCCACCCACCUAGGAUUAACUCUAGUUCCAUUACAAAAUGUAUACAGACUGAUUUAACGAGUCAUGCAAUCCAAGAGUUUGAAUGUCAAGCUUCUUCGGAUUUGGAACUCAGAAAUAAUAAAAUUGAUGAUUUGAAUAGGACAAACGAAGAACUGAAACACCAAUUAAGCAGUCAACAGAAAACAAUCGAACAGCACAAGUCGCACAUAAAUAAGUGCAUUGAAGUGGUGAAGAAGCUGUUGAAAGAAAAGUCAAAUAUUGAAAAAAAAGAAGCAAGACAGCGGUGUAUGCAAAACAGACUUCGGCUUGGCCAGUUUGUAACGCAAAGGGUUGGUGCACAAUUUCAAGAAAAUUGGACUGAUGGCUAUGCGUUUCAAGAAUUGUCUAGAAGACAAGAAGAAAUAACGUCAGAAAGAGAAGAGAUUGACCGACAGAAAAAGAUGUUGGUCAAAAAACGGCCAUCAAACAGUGAAACUGGUGGACGCAAACGAGCUAGUAGUCAGUCGGGUACAGGAAGUAGUAGUUCGAGUACUAACAGUGUACCAAUCAAUUCGACGCCCUCAGUUUCUACACCACCUAUAACGCUACCCAGUGCAAGUAUCAACAAUAACCAAGUUACUGGUGCUACAACAGGCACGGUCUUGCACAACGGCACUGUAGCCCCAUCGUCCGCCUUGGACACAGCAACGUUCCUAAAGCCAGAAGCUGUUCCGGGUUUAUCGUGGCAAGAGUAUUACGAAGCAGAUGAGAUACUCAAGUUGCGACAGUCAGCCUUGAAAAAAGAAGAUGCUGAUUUGCAGCUGGAAAUGGAGAAGUUGGAGCGAGAGAGAAAUUUACACAUAAGGGAACUGAAGAGGAUUCACAAUGAAGACCAAUCUAGGUUCAACAAUCACCCUGUGUUAAAUGAUCGUUAUUUGUUGCUCAUGUUGUUGGGAAAAGGUGGCUUCAGUGAAGUCCACAAAGCGUUUGAUCUAAAAGAACAACGUUACGUAGCAUGUAAGGUUCACCAACUGAAUAAAGACUGGAAAGAGGAUAAAAAGGCUAAUUAUAUAAAACAUGCACUGCGAGAGUACAAUAUUCAUAAAUCUUUGGAUCACCCGAGGGUUGUUAAAUUGUAUGAUGUGUUUGAAAUAGAUGCAAAUUCGUUUUGCACUGUACUCGAAUAUUGUGAUGGACAUGAUUUAGAUUUUUAUUUAAAACAGCACAAGACGAUAGCAGAACGAGAAGCUAGAUCAAUAGUUAUGCAAGUGGUAUCUGCACUUAAAUAUUUGAAUGAGAUCAAACCUCCUGUGAUACAUUAUGAUUUAAAACCUGGAAAUAUAUUACUAACUGAAGGUAAUGUCUGUGGUGAAAUAAAAAUCACAGAUUUUGGCCUUAGCAAAGUGAUGGAUGAAGAAAAUUAUAAUCCAGAUCAUGGAAUGGACCUAACGUCACAAGGAGCUGGAACAUACUGGUAUCUUCCACCAGAAUGUUUUGUAGUUGGUAAAAACCCACCUAAAAUAUCAUCCAAAGUUGACGUUUGGAGUGUUGGUGUAAUAUUUUAUCAAUGUCUGUACGGCAAAAAGCCUUUUGGUCAUAACCAAUCUCAAGCUACAAUUUUAGAAGAAAAUACAAUAUUAAAGGCUACUGAAGUACAGUUUGCCAAUAAACCUACCGUCAGUAAUGAAGCAAAGAGCUUUAUUCGUUGCUGUCUUGCUUACCGUAAAGAAGAUCGUAUUGAUGUGUUCACCUUAUCUAGGCAUGAAUACCUACAACCACCAUUACCAAAACAUGGCCGUCAAUCAGCUAACAAUCAACAACAGCAACAGCAACAACAGCAGCAACAGCAACAGCAACAGCAACAAAUAUCAGCUGCUAAUUUUGCAUCUGGCAUGUUUGGUAACAUGAAUGCAUCUAGUUCAUCCUAAGACCAAGAUAGUUAAUAUUAAUUACUAAAUAAUUAUGUAUAAUAUAAUGUGAACGGACAAUAUGUAAAACACGCCUUGUGCCAUUUUGAUUAAAUUAUAUGACCAAAUAAAAAAUGGUGUUCACAAACGGCCUUAGGAAAUUUUAAUUGAAUAAUUAUUAUUAUUAUAAUAAUAUUAUUAUAUAUGAAUGUACUAGUCAAAUCGUUUUUGUCACUGCUGCAAAUGAGUUCCUGAGUACAUUUAUGAUUAUGUUUUACUAUUACCUAAAAUAAAAAUAGUGAUACUUUUUGAGAAUCACCUGAUUCUUGCGGAACACAAUUUUAAUUGUACUCUGUACACACUAUGAAAGUAAGAGUAGAUAUUGAUAAAUAAAAUGUGAAAAAGAAUGGAAGCUUUAAUUUAUAUACUAUUUUCUGCGAAUACCUAAUAUGUUAGAUUUCAUUAUAAUGAUAUAAUUGUCCCAUCAUCACAAUUUAUUUUUAUUUUUUGCUUUGUACAGUUUCACCAUUAUUAUUAUUUUUUUGUAUAUAUAAUUUGUAUAAAAAUAUUUGUAUAUAUUAACUGAUUUUUUUUUUUUGUAAAUGACAUGUGAAUUCGAUUUAAGAAUUUUGACGAUAAAAUGUUAUUUAGUUUGUUUAUUGUUAACACAAAAAUGUUUAUUUUGUUGUGAUAAAAAAAUACGCGAAAAGAAAUUGUGGAGAAAAAGAAAUAUUAAUAUAUAAUAAUAAUAAUAGUUUUUCCUUAAUACUUGGAAAAAUUAAAAGGCGGUUUUUUUUCGAGCCAAUGAGACUUUAUAAUUAUUAUUUUAGACACACUAGAUUUGUUGUAAGGUUUAUUACUAUCUUUAGUAAUAACAAACAUUGUAUAAUUAUUAUUGAUACUAUUAUUAUUACUAUUAUAAAAAUAAAAGAAAAGUGAAUUUUAAAAAAAAAA